AUCAAACCAGGAGGGAAACACACAAGUGCAGAAAGUGAAGUAUCUGAAAGGAGAGACAAAGAUGGAGUUUGCCCAGUUGCCACGGCGAUGGAUCCGUUAACAUGCAAGUAAGUGAUUAGAUGGUCUACCUACCUGCCUGCGUGCACUCUGUCCGUCCACUCAUUGCACGUCGCCUGAGUCUUCCACAAGCUGCUAGCUUGACAGCUCCCACCCACCUCUCAGCUGACUAUAGAGGACUCUUGCAGACUCUCUCUCCUUCGUUGCACUGAGUCUUAGGACCUGGCCCUGGAGCUGAACGACACACACACUCACACACCACACCAUGGCAGCUACGCACAGCGAGUACCGAGGCUACCUGCGGAACACCGUGGACCUGGAGGCGGCCGGCCAGCACCGCUUCCACCCGGUGCAGAGCUCCGAGCCCACGUACCGGCCGCUCCUCUUCGGGACCCUCGCUGUUAUGGGAUUGCUCCAGGUGGCUUCCAGCGUGGCCAUCUUAUUACACCUGACUGGUUACCUGCAAGAGGUAGAUCUGUCUACAGCCCCACACCGGCCGAUAGAGGAAGUCCAGACGGAGCCGGUUCUGAACGCACUGAGAGACACAAGGAAAAACAGACGGUGCAAAACUCCAAAAGAGAGCCUGCCAUCAGCUCAUCUACCGAUCGAAGUACGCCAGGAGUACUCUAAGAAGGGUGAGAAGAAGGCCGUCACCAUUGACUGGGACGAGAUGCACGGAUACCGCCACAAAAUGGGCUACCAGAAGGGGAAACUGCUGGUGAUGGAGUCGGGUUUCUACUAUAUUUACGCCAAGACCUGCUUCCGCUACUACAGGCUGGGACCAGAGGAUAGCACUCAGGCCGGGGCAUCGCCGGUGGAUAUUAGCAACACCCAGCUCAUCCAGUACAUCUACCACGAGAGCAUCAAACAGAACAGCAAGUCCCUUUUGCUGAUGAAGACGGGCAGCACCAUGCGCUGGAACGACACCAGCUACAACAUGUACUGCGCCCAGCAGGGCCGAGGGGUCCGGCUGGACGUGGGAGACGCCUUGUACGUCAAUGUGUCCAACGCGUGGAUGCUGGACCCGGUGGGAGAAGGGACGUAUUUUGGGGCGAUAAAGUUGGGUAACUGAAAAUGAAACACGUGGGGAGCGGACAUGCUACUGAACAUUUGAUAUGCCAAAGAACCACUGUUAGUGAUUUUAUAAUGUUAUAAUUUGUUGAAAAAGUUUUUUUUAUUGUU